AUGGACAACAAGCCGGUGAUGAACACUAGCCCAGAAGAAGGCGGAGUGCCACCCCCAUCGAAAGCAGAUCCUGACGACAACAAGGGCGACACUUCAAACAAUAGGCGAUUGGACGGCUUAUGCUUCUUGCGGAAGCGCGAAUCCACGUUUCUCCUCAAGGGAUCUAUGUGGACGAUACCAAACAAGACGGUCAACCCUCGCCAAUCGUUGACACUUGCAACCCCGCCCAUCACGAAAACGACUUCUUCAUCGUCGGGCGAGCAUGUUGGGAGCGCUACGGCCGCCGUGGCUUCGUUACGCUACGUCAGUCUGGUACUGCCCGGACACAUCCUGCCGACGUUCAAGAGCCAUGACUUCGUCCAACGUGGUGUUGAUAUACACAGCCGCAACCGCAUCGCCAGCUCGUCCAAGCUCAUGAAAUCUCAAGGCCGUUCCAGUGCUUACUAUGUGGCCGCAGCCACCCAAGGAGAAAGAACCAGCGUCACCAAAAACAGCCCAGGCGAGGCGAGGCACAGUCACGAGGAAGAGGAUAUUCUGGUGGCGACACCGCACUGUCGCCUGCAGCAUCCGCGGCCCGCGCGGAUGGUCAACUUGGCAAAAUUUGAGAUGACUGAGGGUGAAAGAUCGGAGGGAACAAGCUGA